AUGCCUUCCAAUUCAGUCGUAUCUGGUGUAUCAAGUGCCAAAGCGACUGAUAGGUCAACUGGGUCGCCUUCUGAUAGGGACACAAACAUAUCCUCGACUGUAUUCCGUUCCUCUGACUCCGAUGAAGCGGAGACUGAGGAUCAGAAGAAGAAAAGACAAGAUGAACUGUUGAUUGGUGUUGGCUCACUUCUCAAUAUAGGUACAAUGGUGCCCUCGAAUGUAUUCCCUGCCCCUGAAUCCAAUUCAGUGGAGACUGAGGAUCAGAAGAAAAAAAGACAAGAUGAACUGCUGAGUGGUAUUGGUUCACAUUUUAAAAAAGUUACGAAUAUACUCAUGCGGAACAAAUGA